UGUGAAUGACACAAUUGAUUGAAGCAGAACCAUUUUUAUGUGUGGAGUGAAAAUCUUACAAUUUUUUUUUUAAUAAUUGUAGUCUAGCUGUUUAUAAAUCAUAAAGACUUAAAGCUGCAGUUGUCAAAAUGAUGUUAUUCAUGCUGCUGUUCAGCCGACAGGGCAAGCUGCGCCUCCAAAAAUGGUAUAUGGCCUAUCCAGACAAGACCAAAAAGAAGAUUACACGCGAACUAGUAACAACAAUACUGGCACGCAAACCCAAGAUGUGUUCGUUUCUCGAAUGGAAGGACUGCAAAAUUGUCUACAAGCGAUAUGCCAGUUUGUAUUUCUGCUGCGCCAUUGAACAGAAUGACAACGAGCUGCUGACCCUCGAAAUCAUACAUCGCUAUGUAGAACUAUUGGAUAAGUAUUUUGGCAGCGUCUGCGAAUUGGAUAUAAUAUUCAAUUUUGAAAAAGCCUAUUUCAUAUUGGACGAGCUGCUAAUUGGUGGCGAGAUUCAAGAGACAUCUAAGAAAAAUGUGCUUAAAGCAAUUGCCUCUCAGGAUCUGCUACAAGAGGACUUCAAUGAGUAUCUGAACUAAUCAGAGUUUAAUCUAAAUCAGUGUAUAAAAAAAUAACACAUCAUUAACAAAAAAAACCAAUAAUAGUCGGUAGGACAGUCUGUGUGAGCCAAGAGUUGUAAAGUCUUUGAUUUUGAUUGUCAUCCAAAGCAAGGCUGUAAAUAUUGCAACGCUUUUGCCGUUUACCAUAGUUGGUGCGCUGCAGUCCUUCGUUUGUUCGUAGUUUGUGAGCUGCACCAUCCAGAGCGCCAGACCCUCGUCGUGCUGUUUUAAAUACUGACAUGUAUACAAAUACAAAUAAACAUACACAAACAAACAACAAACAGACGUACAGAUAACCAUUUGCAAACAAUGCUGUGCCGUUUUUACUUAUUUUCAUAAAUAAAACCAACAUAACACGCUUACAUUCAAACUUAACACACACACACUUAUACACACUCACAGCUAUUACUCCUUUAUCUAUGUAUCUACUCUUCUUGUUCUCAUUGAUCUUAUUCUCUGUACUCCAGGACGAAGCUGUUGAGGGCACUUUAAGAGACAUUGGACUACUCUAAAAGAAAUUAAAAUAGAUUGUAGUUUAUAUUACACGCCCACAUACUUGCACGCCUACACCUACAUCUACACUUACACAAACAAACACAAACACUAUUUCACUUACACAUACAUAAGUAAUUAGUUGCAGCAUAUCGCAGUAGUGAGCACUUACAACAAAUUUACAACUCACGGCUUUGAAGCACUAAGAAACAAUUCAAACUCGUUUAUUCAUUCAAAAUGCAUUUAGUGCUUGCCAGAAAGUGAGGCUACUUCAAGUAAUAUUAAAAUCAAAUCCAAGCGUUGGCCCUGCUCACCUUUAGUAUUGAGAAAAGUUCAUGCAAAACUAUAAUACCCUACAAUCUGAUCUAGAUUCUCUUCAGUUAAUAAUUAACUUUAUUAGAAGAUCAUUCCAAGCAAUACAUAGAAAAUAAAAGCUUUAGUCUUGAUAAAAAAAAAACCAAAAUUAUGCAAAACGGAAAUUGUCAUAUAUUUACUUAGUAGUA